AUGCCCAAAUCAUUUUUUAGAUAUCCUGAAUUGGAUCAUGCAACUGCUGGUAUUACCGCUGGUGCCGUUACAACUAUUAGUUUACAUCCAUUUGAUUUGAUCAAGACAAGAUUUCAAGUGGAUGAUUCAGCGAGAAAGAUAUUUCAAAGGCAUCAAUUUGGUGCCACUUUUAAAACAAUGAAUAUUAUUUGGAGAAAAUAUGGUUUAAAAGGGUUAUAUCGAGGCGUUUCUCCUAAUUUUACUGGAGCUACCACGAGUUGGGGUCUAUAUUUUUAUUGGUAUGAUCUAUUUAAACAAAAAACGGCAAGUAAUAACAAAUCAUCUGAAUUAUCUCCAAUACAACAUUUAGUUGCUUCUGCAGAAGCUGGAGCAAUUACUGCACUAUUUACAAAUCCAUUUUGGGUUAUUAAAACCCGAAUGUGUGCUACCAAUAUAGAUGAUCCUAGAGCAUACAAAGGUUUAUUCGAUGGUUUAUAUCAAAUUUUAAAAUAUGAAGGAAUACGUGGUUUGUAUAGAGGUAUAAUUCCUGCAUUCUUUGGUGUUUCUCAUGGUGCUCUUCAAUUUAUGGCUUAUGAAGAAAUGAAGAAAUGGAAAUUGAAAAUUGGUUCAAAGGAAGAUCGUAAAAAACUAGACAACCUAGAAUAUCUUUUGAUUGCUGGUUCUUCGAAAAUUUUUGCUACCAUUUCAACCUAUCCAUACCAAUUAAUUAAAGCUAGAUUACAAAACCAAAGCUUUGAAGUUAAAUAUAACGGUGUAAUUGAUACAAUAAAAAAGGUCUUCAGAUCAGAAGGUUUUUUUGGUUUUUAUAAAGGUUUAGCUCCUAAUAUUUUACGUGUACUUCCAGGAACUUGUACAACAUUUUUGGUGUAUGAAAAUAUGAUGGAGUUUUUUAGAAAUCAUGCUAAUGAUCAUUAA